GACAGCACCGUGAAGAAAAGCAGGGAACCCGCUGCUCUCUCUCCUCCCGUACGGCAGGACCGGGCGAGCUCGCCCCGCGGAGCGGCCGCCGCCGGGUUGCAGACAAAGAGCAGCACGGAGAGCAGAUAAACCCAUGCUUCUUAUCUCUUUGUUGUUCCACCCCUGUGUUCUGCUGAUCCGAGUGUCUGAUGGAAGUCUGAUGAAGCAAAGGACCGUGGAGGGAAUUACUCAGUGCAGCAGCAGCUCCAGGGGCAGGGAGCUCAGCUGCAGGCAGGGCUGGCGAGGCCCUAGCCCAAGACACCUUCCCGGCGUGCAGGAGGGACCUGUGUGUGUUCCCCAUGGAGAUCCGACGCGCUUUGCCCCAGGAUAUCCGGGAGCUGCUGCACUGCUUGAAGAUGAAGAGCAAGUACGCCGUGCUGCUGGUCUUCGUCAUCAGCCUUGUCAUCAUCGAGAAGGAGAACAACUUCAUCUCCAGGGUGUCGGACAAGCUGAAGCAGUCCCCGCAGGCACUGGCAGAGGCCAACAGCACGGAGGUCAGCCCAGCACCGGCCAAGAAUGGCUCGCUGGCCUCGCUGCAGGAGCUGGACGCUGCCUUCUCCCAGCUGAGGUCCCACCUGUACAACAUCACCCUGCAGCUGGCAGCUGACGGGGACCCCGGGCCACGGCGGCACGUCCUGCUGAUGGCCACCACCCGCACUGGCUCCUCCUUCGUCGGCGAGUUCUUCAACCAGCAGGGCAGCAUCUUCUACCUCUUUGAGCCCCUCUGGCACGUCGAGAAGACGGUGACCUUCCUGCCGGGGGGAGCCAGCGCUGUGGGCUCAGCCUUGGUUUACCGAGAUGUCCUCAAGCAGCUCCUCCUCUGCGACCUCUACAUCCUAGAGAACUUCAUCUCACCAGUUCCCGAGGGCCACCUGACGCCUUUCUUGUUUCGGCGGGGCUCCAGCCACUCCCUGUGCGAGGAGCCCGUCUGCACGCCCAGCACCAAGAAGGUCUUUGAGAAGUACUACUGCAAGAACCGCCGCUGCGGCCCCCUCAACAUCACGCUGGCGGCCGAGGCGUGCCGGCGCAAGCAGCACGUGGCCCUGAAGACGGUGCGCAUCCGGCAGCUGGAGUUCCUGCAGCCGCUGGUGGAGGACCCUCGGCUGGACCUGCGCAUCAUCCAGCUGGUGCGGGACCCCCGCGCCGUCCUGGCCUCGCGCAUGGUGGCCUUCUCGGGCAAGUACGAGACCUGGAAGAAGUGGGCGUCCGAAGGGGAGGCUCCGCUGCGCGAGGAGGAGGUGCAGCGGCUGCGGGGCAACUGCGAGAGCAUCCGCGUGUCGGCGGAGCUGGGGCUGCGGCGGCCGGGCUGGCUGCGGGGCCGCUACAUGCUGGUGCGCUACGAGGACGUGGCGCGGGCGCCGCUGCAGAAGGCGCGGGAGAUGUUCCGCUUUGCCGGGCUGCCCCUCACCCAGCAGGUGGAGGAGUGGAUCGGAAAAAACACGCAGGCUCCCCCCGACGGCAACGGCGUCUACUCCACGUGCAAGAACUCCUCGGAGCAGUUCGACAAGUGGCGGUUCAGCAUGCCAUUCAAGCUGGCGCAGGUGGUGCAGGACGCCUGCGGCCCGGCCAUGCAGCUCUUUGGCUACAAGCUGGCCAGCAGCCCUGCAGCGCUGGCCAACCGCUCCUUCAGCCUGCUGGAGGAGGCACAGCCCGCCUGGGUCACGUAACGGCGCGGGGCCACGGCGGCGGGGUGGAACGAGGGGCUGCGGCCGUGCUCCCGGCCGGUCCGGAGACGACCUGGGGGUCCCUGCUCCCAGAAAUGCUCCUCGCUGCUGCCAGAUGGCAGCCCCAGGAGCUGGAGCAUCUUGGCAGAGCUGGCCCCAGGGUCCUGCAGAGCCUGAAUUACACAAUUUCUCCGGGAAUGGGGAAAUGGUAAGGGUGAGGGGCGGUGGGGUCGGCAACAGGGCCACCUCCCCAGCUCGGGAGCUGCACUGAGGAAGAGGAGGGUGAUGGCAAGCAGAGGGGGACAGGACUGAGCACCUCUGCCUUGCCUCCCCCCAUGCCAGCUGGGACGGGGCAAGGACAAAAUUCCUGUGGUGCCAGCAAGCGCCCAGAGACCUUGGUUUAGUGCCUUCAUACAGCAGCAGAGACUGGAAACUGCCCACAGAGCCCUGGAUGGCACUUGGGCUACAACAAAAUGAGGUGACUAUGGUUUGGUGCUCUUCAAACUUGGUUUUGGAGGUUUGGGUUUAUUUCCUUUUUUCCCUGUGUAUUUGCAUACCAGGUGAAUUUAUUUAUUUAUUGUGUGAAAAGGAGGGGGAGGCUGGUCAAGGAGCUAAGCCCAAAAAUCAGAGCAGCACAACAUACCACAAAGGGAGACACCCAGAACAGAGGUCACAUUUUAGCUGGAGACCACCAUGUGUCCUUCUGUAUGAUCUUGGGAGAGCCCCCAAGGACCGAUGGGCUGUAACCCACCUGUGCAGCACCAACUGCGAACUUUGGCGGUGCUGAAAGACGGUCAGAUUUAUCUGAUUAAAAACAAAGCCACCAGCACAGAGUCCAAAGCAUCUCCUGUCUCCUUAGUAUUGGUGGGUGUACCCUGCCCAGGGGAGUCCCAGAAAUACGUGUUAACAGCACUAAUGGGUGGCCAAACCUGGUAGAGGCCCAGGAAGUUUCAGGGUGUUUGCCGUUUGUAGAUGUUGACCCAGUGCCGAGCUGCCCCCUCCAAUUCACAUUUCAUUAAUUAAAAUGCCUAUUUUUAGC